CAGCUCAGGAAUGCCUCUACGUUAUCAUUUCUUGCCGCGCUCAAGCACAGCACCGCGGCCGCUGCGGAACUGCUGCAGAUCUGCGGGCCUCUGUCUACCUCUGCGCAAUUAUCCUAAACGCCAAUCCAGCUGACAGGAUAUAUAACGCCACAGGACGGGCGCCUGUUCUAGUCAAAACACCAUGGCCAAUAUUCUUCCUCAGUUCUUCGCGCUCUCUGCCUUAGCCUCGUUCUUCGUGAUAGUUGGGUGGCUAGCCUUCAAGAUUUUGGCUAGUGUGCCCCAUGAUCGCGAGAGAAAAGGCUCGCAGGUGUUCCUUGUGCUUGCCGGGCUAUCGUUUGGUAUCACUUGGUUCUAUAUCUUGAAGUUUGCUUCUUGGAGUUUCCACGACUACGAAGUUACCACCACACUUUUCGACGACAAAACGCGUGACGCAUACUUCCCCGCACGCGUCGCCGACUGGCUCCUCAACACCAGUUUGUUCGAACAAGCGUGGAAAAAUGUCUGCUUCGGAUCCUCGUGGAGCUGGUGGCUGAACCAACAGCUGUGUCUCUUCACAGCAGGCACAUGGACUGUAUUCUUAGCGGUCGAAGGGAAUAAGCACCGGAUCAAGCAUCUCUGGGCCUACAUGCUCCUCGGGCAGAUGCUCACCAUCUCUGUCGGCGUGAACCUCUUUUACUACGCGGUUGCCAACGCACGGCCCUCCGGUCGUGUGCCCUCGAAGGUGUCGCCCCUACUCUGGCUCACCGUCCCGCUCACCAUGGCCAUAGUCUACUACACCCCGCAGACAACCGAUGCGACCUUCGGCCCAGCGCUCACGCUGAUGCACGUUCUCCUGUUCAUCCCCCUUUUCGUCCGGCCGUCACAGACAGAUAGGCGCGACGCAGGCCGCCUCGACACCCGUACGUUCUACCGCGUCGUCAUGUACACCGCCCUCGCGAUGCACCUGCACGCGAGCGUCGUUGCCUAUCGCUCCCUGCCUCAGGAGCAGCGCUCCGUCUCGGGCGUCGCGCACGCCGCGCUCGGCGCGCUCUACAGCCACCCCGCGCAGACGUCGGUCGGCUGGGACGCGAUCCUCACGACGAUCUCGUGCGGGGCCUGGGCGCUGUACAGCGCCGGUGCUGACGUCCGCAAGGCUGCAGAGCGCGGGCUCGCGUUCGGGCUCUCGACGCUCGUCGGCUCGGUCGCGUACGCUGCGAUGGCUUCUGAGCUCGAUUUGCUCGAAGAAUGAAUUUGAUAGUGUUUCGAGGGGACGAGAAUAGGUACGGGCUACUGAGCCAUCUCAUAGCGAGUAUUCGUCCCCAGCUAUCGCACAACUCUGCUUCCAAUGUCUUGAACCUAACAUGGCAAUGUUAUCCUGAAUAACGAGAACAAAGCGAAGGACAGUUAUUAUUUUUGUAUGAUGUACAG